AUGAUAUCUUUUCUCGUUGAUUUUUUCGACACUAUACCAUUUUUCGAAGCUAACCUGUCGUGUUUGGCUAUUUCAACACGUUUUAGUGUCAAGUCGAAAUUAUUAUUAGAGAGUGCGACAAAAGACGUGGAAAAAGCCGAGCUUCAAGCCCAGAAGCUCGUAGCUAAAGAAGCCCGGGUAGCCCGCCAGGCCUUAAACCAGGCCCGGAAACAGCUUCAUAGGGCAGGAAUUGAGGCACGGAAGGAAGAGCGUGCCCGAAAGAAGAUGAUUGCCCAGCUCUACGAAGAGGGGCUCCCAAUUCCUCCAGAGUUCGAGGAGCCAAUUCCUGACCCAGAAGCCCCCCAAAUUGAGAGCGAGUAUGAGAGCCAGUGUGAGAGCCAGUAUGAGAGCGAGCGUGGGAGCGAGUGGGAGUAA